GAAAUCAUGCCACCAAAAACUAGCGGAAAAGCGGUCAAGAAGGACGGAAAGGCUCAGAAGAAUAUAACUAAGAACGAUAAGAAGAAGAAGCGCAGGAGGAAGGAAAGUUAUGCUAUUUACAUUUAUAAAGUAUUGAAGCAAGUUCAUCCUGAUACUGGUAUUUCAUCCAAGGCUAUGAGCAUCAUGAACAGCUUUGUGAAUGAUAUAUUCGAACGCAUUGCUGCUGAAGCUUCACGUUUGGCCCACUAUAACAAACGAUCCACAAUUACUAGUCGGGAAAUUCAGACUGCAGUUCGCCUUUUACUUCCUGGAGAAUUGGCUAAGCACGCAGUUAGUGAAGGUACUAAAGCCGUCACUAAGUAUACCAGUUCCAAGUAAAUUUCUUUGUAUUGAACAAUCAACAUUAACUCCAA